AUGGCCGCAGAGCUGGCUUGGGCAAGAGUUCCGGGAAGCAGCCAAAAGACUAUAAGUACAAAACAAUUGAUUGACUAUAAUGUUUAUUUCCAGGCCAUGUUCAAUGCUGAUGAAGCCAGCAGCAUCGUGAAAGAGUGUGUAGAUGUCAUCUUGGGUGGAGUAGACUAUGAUGAAAGCAGAGUGAACGAGUGGAUGUCUGCAGUGGUGGAACAGUCAUUAACACACCUUGUGAAGUUGGGAAAACCCUAUAAGUACAUCGUAUCUUGCAUAGUCAUGCAGAAAAGAGGUGGAGGUCUGCACACAGCAAAUUCAUCAUUUUGGGAUAACACCACUGAUGGGAGCUGUGCAGUGAGAUGGGAAAACAGGACCAUGUACUCCAUUGUCAACAUUUUCGCCGUUGCCAUUAAUCUGUAAUCCGCAGGAGAAAAAUAUUUAUUCCUAUGCACGCGUAACCUGACAAACAAAUAGCGCAGAGAAAUCCUGUUACUGGUAUUACCAAACCUCAGCAGCUUAUCUGUCUAUUUUAAAAGAAAGUAUAAAGCACAACCGACUUCAUGCUGCCGGACACUUUUGAAAUUGCAUCUUUUUACUGCCAUAGCUUGCCUUGCCAUGUAUUACCAGCCAUGUUUGCACUAUUUGGGAAUGCUUAGAAAGUAUUAUAUCAGAAGUGUUUGAUAAUGUACAGCUUCUCAGGAACACAGGGGAUAAAGUCAAUGGGUUACUAAAAACAACCCCAAUUGCUUCUUCUAGUUCCAAAUGGAGUUUUCUGCCUGAAAGAAGAACCACAGCCCCCCUGAGGGUAACAAGUCCAGCUAAAUAGUUGAAUAAUAAAGCAGCCCAAAACACAUUUAGGAGACACAAAACUCAAUACAGUAGUCUACACCACAUCUACAGAGGGGACUGCUUAGAAAACCAAUGAAAGAAAGAGUCCCAUCAUCAUAGAUAUAAUAAAGGCCAUUGUUACUGAAGUCAACCUGGUGUCGAUUAGUGAAAUGUAAAUAAAACGUGAAAAAACUCUCUAGCAGUGAACCCAAAAUCAUCAAAUUAAACCCGUCCAGCAGACGGUUGUCCUCCGCUCUCUCCUUGCCAGCACCCCACCUUCUGCUCCUCCUGUCCAUGUCAAAUAAUGUCAUCAAUUAAUAUAAUCAUUUGGAAAUGUUAUCAGGAGCCAGCGAUCCUGCUUAAAACAAAACGUGCUCUCAUAGGAAUAAGCUUUGAGAUCAGUGUAUUGCAUCGAUUUUAUACAACUGAAGACAGAAUCGAAUGUUUUUUGUACAAGGUUGCCUUGCAUAAAAAUUCUGCAAUUAGCAAUUAUUUGUCGCUGACAUUUUAACAUUCGUCCAACUUGUUUUUACGGUGAUAAGAAGUAGAUCCUUAACAUUCAUACGCAGAUAGCAUUUCGUUAGAUCAGCACAUGGGUAAUACAUACAUACGUAAAAUGUCAUAAUAAAGGAUUUCUUAGGGAUCUUGGGUGGGUGACUGUCCUUUGGCUGGACAGUGCUAAAGUACAAUAUUAGAUGUACAAUAUUACAUUUUUUUAUUUGAUCAUAUACACCACAUGAAACACUCAUAAAGAUGUUUCGCAAUAAAAUAAAAUACUAUUGUACUGUAACAUAUUCGAUUGUAUCGGAACAAAUAUUCCAAGACAUUAAAGGUGCAAACCUGUAUAUAUAAAAAAA